CCAUGUCUGUGAAAUCACAAUUGAGUCGUAUGAGGGGCAACCUGUUGCCCCUCAGUAUCCCACCAUGCACCGUUCCUCGCACCCUUGACGUCAGCUCCCCUCCCUCUCCCCCUAGCAACAGAAUCAAGAUGGCGGCGCCCAGUAACGAAGAUCAUUCGACCAAAAUAUCUACGCCGUUAAAGAUUCCCAAAACCGAGGCUCCCUCUCCGGAAUCGGGCGAUUUGAGCGACUGUAACCCGUACCAUUCCAACCCAUCGACCCCUAACAGAUUCUCCCCGCUCAAUAUCGGAACCCCGGGCUCGGCAAGUGCAGGCCGGGGUGGAUCGGCCUCUGCCUCCAAUAGCUUUCCCGCCUGCCGGGGCAUGUCUUGGACCCCGUCCGAAACGAACGCCCUGAUUGCCGUGUGGGGCAACGAGCGGCUGGCGGAGGCGCGGAUGCAGCAGCUGGAAGGAGCCGGGACUGUGUUUUCAGGCAAGGCGCCGGGGCCAGCCAUGUACGAGCGGGUGUCCCGGGCGCUUGCAGAACUCGGCUAUGAAAGGACCCCUUCCCAGUGCAGAGAAAGGAUAAAGACCCUGCGGCGGUGUUACAGCCGAGUGAAGGAGCACGGUGUCGGCAAGAGGAAGAGCAGCUACUCCAUCGAGCAGCUGGAGAAGGUGUUUGGACAGGGGGGCUGGGACUCUCAGUCCUGCCAGCCCGUCCUCAUCAACAGCAGUGGCCUGUACCAGGAGAUGGAGUCGGACGGGAGCACCAUGGGGGACUACUCUCAGGAGGACUGGGGCAACCAGGAGCUGCCCUCCUACCAGGACACAGAGGCUGAGGAAGUGAGUUUUGCAAAAAAGAGAGUGCUGCAGCGAAGGCAAGAAUCCUCUGAAGAACAACAGAGACACGGGGUGAUGCAGAACGUGAUGCGCAUCCUGGAUUCCGUGCAGCUCAAAUGGGAACACUUCCAGACCUGGACAGACUUCUCGCGGCUGCACCUCUCCAACAAGCUAGCCAUCUUCGGUGUGGGCUACAACACGCGCUGGCGGGAGGAGAUCCGCUACCAUUACGCCGAGAUCAGCUCGCAGGUGCCCCUGGGCAAGCGCCUGCGAGAGUACUUCAACCCGGAGAAGACAGAAGGCCGUGUCAUCAUGACCAAGGUGCAGAAAAUGAACUGGAAGAACGUCUACUACAAAUUCUUGGACAUCACCAUCAGUGAGGCCCGUUGCUUGGAGCUGCACAUGGAGGUGGACUGGAUCCCCAUUGCCCAGUCCCGGGCGUCUGGGGGCAGCAAUGGAGCGCAGUACCUCCUGCCUGGGGGCAUCCCCAAAACGCAUGGCCUGUAUGCCAUCGGUUUUGAGGAGGCGCCUGCCUCUUCUGUUUCAGAUUCUGGUGACAAGACUUCUUCGCAAGUGACAGGAGAAUCCGCCAAGCCCCUUGUGAAAUCUGAAUCACGAGAACAUGGGGAGGAGUCCUCCCCCAAAGUGACCUACUGCUACCUGGGCAUAGCGGAGGACAGGACACUGCAGCAGUGCUUGUUCCAGCACUUUCAGAGCGGAGGCAAGUACUUUGGCACGGGGGAGUCCUCCGCAGUCACCAAGUUCAUUGCAGAGAACUGCAGCGCGCAGUCCGGAGAAGGGGCCUCCCCUCCACGAGCCAUGUAUAUUAAAUUCAUCGAGGUGGAGCUGGACUUUCUCUCCGCAGGCUCCUUGGUUGAGUCCUUGGAAAUAGCAAUCGGAUAUUCCUUAAAGUUUAACAAAUAGGAGCACUUUGUCAGCAGCUUAAGGAUGUAAAAAUGACGGACCUGCUGCUACUUAAACAAUUAUGCAGGAUGUCUUUUAGCUACUGCCUUUGCAACUGCAAUGAUUUCAGAAAGGCUAUCAGGGAGGCAGCGUCUUUGUGUUGCAGCUGUUUCUAACAGGGGGGGGCAGAGUUGAAUGAAGAGGAGUAAUCAAAGAGGACUUCCCUGACUGCAGGCUGCACUCGGCCAAUCUUAAACCUGCCUUGAAUCACUUUGUACCGCCCUUUUCUGUCUUUGGAAGUUAAACUUCAACCAGAGGGCCAGCGAGGAGCGAGAUGGUUUAUUUAAUUGUUUUAAAUAAUGUAAACGGAGGGGGAGAAAAGGUAUUGAAUUGUGAACAUUCCAGACAUUUCGUAAUGGGGGUGGGAUUACUGUAAUAACAUCUGUCUUGUUUUUUAUGUUGUAAACACAGUAUUUUUUUCAUUUUCUUUUUCCAUAAUCCCACAACUACACCUUUUUGUAUGUUUUACAUUGACGGUAUUGCAGUGACAGGUGUUGUUGACUGUACAUUAGGGCUGUGGGUUAAGCCUCAAAAUAGCAAUCGAUUAAUCGGGCCCACAAAAUAUACUCGUUCAAGUAAAUAUCGAUGAUUAUACCAUACAUACAUUUUCAGUGCAUUCCUCUUCCCGUGACGUUAUUAUUUUAAUAUCAUUGCUGUAAAAUCUUGAGCACAACAAUUGAAUGCAAGUGGUAAUUACGCCUUGGUAGUGUCAGAAGAAAAAAACACAACAUUCUCAACAAGUCUAAAGCAAGUUUAACAUUACAGGGGUGUUACUAAAAUAUUUAUUGCAAACAGAUUACAGUACUUUGGAAUGUAAGCUAUAUAAACUAGACACGAGUUUAUGAAAAUCAUCAUGCAUUGCAUCUUGUUAAUACUUUACCACCUAACCUUCACUAUCUGUUAAACACAAUGCAGAAAUCCCUGCCCUAAAAUAAUAAUAACAAUAAUAAUAAUAAUAAUACAUUGAUUUACUUCCACAACAUGCAUACACGCUAGCUGAUCCUUACUCCAAAAUUGCGUUUAACAUCACUGAUCCUUUAUUUAUUUAUUUUUAACAGUUCAUUUUGAAACUCCAAAGAAGCGCAAACUAUAUACAGUCAGUUUUCUUCAAAGUGCACAAUUUAUUUACAGGCUGUUUGCCAUGAGUACAAGCCUGUUGUCCUGCUCUGGAUACAAGGUGGCAUGCUUUUUGGUUUUGUAUGUUUAUACAGUGAAUACACAGAGGGGCGUACUUACAAAGCAUUUUCAAAUCUGAUUCGCUGGUAGGAUGGGACCAGCAAAUCAGAUGCUAGUGAACACGAGCAGGAGAAGACGAACACGCCCACUGCUUGUUGUUGACAGAAAUACUGUAAAUAGCAAGGCAGUGCGUUCGGUGCAGUUUCGUUGAUCAACUCAAACAAUGUUCUUAACUAUGAGCGCCACAAAAAUUAAAUUAUUGAAUCGAUUGUCCAGUAUUUAUAUCGAUGUAUAUAAUGAGGAAUGGAAUCGAAAAAUCAAUUUUCCAUAUAAUCGCAGCAGCCCUACUGUACAUUUGACAGGCUGGAGGCAAUCUGCCCCUUUCACCCCCUGCUAUUUAAGAAAGUGGGUUUGCUCUACUUUCUAAUGCCAUGUCCUUUUAUUUAAAUGACUUCAGCUUCUAAAAGCUUGAACUUUGAUGUGCAAAUUGAACAGGUUCCGUGAAUCAAAUAUUAAAGGGUUCAGGUUGACCAUGUACUUCUGUCCAAGGCUGAUUGCUUUUUUUAUAUUAAUGCGACUGUGUUAAAUAAAUGCACCUUGCAUACACUAGUUCCAUAGUGGUAUAUAUAUAUAUAUAUAUAUAUAUAUACACGAGGUGGCACCGUUUUGUUCCCAAGAGGAAGUGAGUCUCCAUGAGUCUUGUAAUAAACAUUUUUUAUUUGUUUUCAGUUCCUUGUUGUUCAGCACACGUCAGUACAGGUGUGAUGUAAUCUGCACUACUGGUACAGCCGUCAUGGAAAUGCCCUCACUUGUACACAUGAGUACCAGAGAACACCUUGUAUUGUCUGAUAAUCUGCUGGUACCAGUGGGGGCCUUUGAAACAGGUUUCACAGACUCCUGGUUUCUCACCUGCUUUCACACAUGAUAUUGUAACACUAGUUUUUGCAGCCCUAAGUUUAUAGAUAUCGGGGUGGGGGAGAUGAAACACUUGUGCUCUUCAUAUUUAAUUGUCUUUAUUAGUAAACCUACGAUUAUAUUGAUUGAACAAACAGGCACUUAUUUUCAUCAGAUAUACCUUAGAUAUGUAAUAGAAGUCAUUUGAAUUAUUUUAAUUACGUUGCCAAUUUUAAUAAUCUCUCCAGUUCCCUUAUCUGUUUGAUUGAGAACUGCUGAUUGAUGCAAAAUGCAGUAAUGAUGUCAGUGCUGUAAUGCAAUGCGCCGGUCCCAUGAAAGCCAUAUUUUUAUUUUUGAGCAUGCAAGGUCAGUUUUAAUAUUUCAUUUUUGAAAUGGUUUCCAUGCCUUUUAUUUGCAUUUUGUACUAGCUGUGUCACUUUUUUUGUUGUUUUUACAUUCAAUUUAAUUUAUGGCUAAAUUGACUUCCCUUUAAUGUGCUUACUUUUAAUUCUAAUGGGAUUUUUACUUAACAAAUGGAAGAUGGAUAUUGUGUGCCAGGACAAUGAAACCAGGAUUAAAAUCACAAAAGGGACAGGGUUGGAUAUAAGACUCUCAUUGCAUAGCAGUUUGAUCCGUUCCUGGUUUUACAAUGUUUAAGACACACCUAAGAUUGUUAUCCAUACACUGUGGAAAGCAAUACACAAGCAAACAAGCUGCUGUGCAACAGGAGUCUUAUUGCCAUCCCUGAAGUAUUUGUGGCUGGUAGAAGCUAGAUUUACUGUACUUAAAAGAGAAUAUUUUUUUUUAUUUUAAGGACAGGUCGAAAUCCCAUACCUCUUGUUAAGGACAGGCUACUCAAUGUACUUUUUAUUUAUUUAUUUUUUUUUCAAUAUAUUUAUACUCCACUUCCCUCUCAAUGUUGUCAAAUUUUUCAAAUGUGCCAUCACCCUACAAGUAAAUAAAUAAUAAUAAACAAUUUGCACAGCAGCUAAACAUAAGAAACGUAGGAUCUGCAGCGGGUCACAAAGUGUGACGUUACGAACGGGAACUACUGUGUACUACCAUUAAUCAAAAUGUAAUAGGAAGUGAUACUAUGUCUGUUAUCUAUUCCUGAACGUUGUUCAGUUACCUCAUUUGUAAAGCAAACACAUUUUUGUUUAUUUGAAUUUUUUUUCAUGGUCAACUACAUUUUAUAAUGUACUCUUUUUUUUCAUUCAAAUGUUAAACAAGCUUGAGUUGUUUAUUAUUAAAUAUAUGUACGAAUUUAAACACUGAAACAGCACCUUUUCAUAUUUCAACAGUGGUGUUCUAAGUGCCUUUCUGUAAACUAAUGAUAUGUUUUGCUGGUCUUGAUGCACAGGCUCCUGGAAUAUUUGGUUGCUUUCAUCUCCCAACUUUGUUAACCAAGUCAAACAAGUUGCAUUUAGGUCUAGCGUAGUAAGUUAUGUUCAUGCUUCUUCAGAUUUCACGGCAUUAUUUUAUAAUGGGUCUGCCUAAGGUUAUCCUUAAGAGUGGGUAACUAUAGGUUAUAUUUUCAACAAAAUUCAUCCCACCCAUAACAUACUUUUUAAAUUAUGCAAACGCAUCCCAAUCUGUGAUGGGACGUGUUUCUUUAAUUCUUAACACCAGUCUUUAUAAGUCUGAUUUUAAAUGUCCCUAUGCAAUGCACGCCCAGUACAUUGUACUCAUGUCCCUAUUGCAUGUUUUGGCAGCAGGGGGCGCUGCUCCUUCGUUUAAUAAACCAGGCUGCAGUGUGUUUGCUUUC